GAGCGGGGACCAUUUCCUCCAGCAGCAGGCCUCGCAGAGCUCCGCCACACAGACUAAACACGGUGGGGAGGCGCGCCAACACACACACGCACGCACACACACACACACACACGAACACCGGCGGACGGCGCACGGUCACCCGUUCGAGCAGAGCCACGUUUCGGAUUGUCUCAUCUGAACGCUGCGGGGAAAAGCUGGAUGCCCCCCUGACCACGGGAGUCACCCCGAUGGGCCUUCGCCGCUGAUCCGCAGCCACAUCUGGUCGACACCACAGCGGUACCUUCUGGCUCUGAUGGUACGAGCUGAACAGUGACCGUUUCCUGCCUGAGGACACCUGCUGCCCAAUUCCCUUCACCAUGUCUGGGAUCCACCAGCCAGAAAGGCUUAAGGAGGUUGUACAGUUACAAGCACCGUGGUCGACUGGCACAGAGUGUGUAGCCAAAUACAACUUCCAGACUGCCAACGAACAGGACCUGCCCUUCUGUAAAGGAGACGUACUGACCAUCAUCGGUGUCACCAGGGAUCCCAACUGGUACAGAGCAAGGAACACGGUGGGCAGAGAGGGUACCAUCCCAGCAAACUAUGUCCAGAAAAGGGAAGGAGUCAAGUCAGGAGGGAAACUCAGUCUUAUGCCCUGGUUUCAUGGGAAGAUAACUCGGGAGCAGGCCGAGCGGCUCCUCUACCCUCCAGAGACGGGCUUGUUCCUGGUGAGGGAGAGCACCAACUAUCCCGGCGAUUACACCCUUUGCGUCAGCUGCGACGGCAAGGUGGAGCACUACCGCAUCAUCUACCACAACGGCAAACUCACCAUCGACGAGGAGGAGUACUUUGAGAACCUCAUGCAGCUGGUGGAGCAUUACACCAAAGACGCCGAUGGCCUUUGUACCAGGCUGAUUAAACCCAAGUUGAUGGAGGGAACUGUGGCAGCGCAGGACGAGUUCUCCCGGAGCGGCUGGGCCUUGAACAGGAAGGAGCUGAAACUGAUCCAGACCAUCGGCAAAGGGGAGUUUGGAGAUGUGAUGGUCGGAGACUACAGAGGGACCAAGGUGGCCGUCAAGUGUAUCAAAAAUGACGCCACGGCGCAGGCUUUCAUCGCUGAAGCUUCCGUCAUGACGCAACUGAGGCACAACAACCUGGUGCAGUUGCUAGGGGUAAUUGUCGAGGAGCGGGGCAGUCUCUACAUCGUCACAGAGUACAUGACCAAGGGCAGCCUAGUGGACUACCUGCGCUCUCGAGGACGGACCGUGCUCGGUGGAGACUGCUUACUCAAGUUCUCACUUGACGUGUGUGAAGCCAUGGAGUACCUGGAGGCCAACAACUUCGUCCACAGAGACCUGGCGGCUCGUAACGUGCUGGUGUCCGACGACAACAUCGCCAAGGUCAGCGACUUCGGCCUCACCAAGGAGGCCUCCUCCAUACAGGACACCGGCAAGCUGCCUGUCAAAUGGACCUCGCCCGAAGCAAUAAGAGAGAAGAGGUUUUCCACCAAGUCAGACGUCUGGAGUUAUGGAAUCCUGCUCUGGGAGAUCUACUCCUUUGGCCGCGUGCCUUACCCCAGAAUUCCGCUGAAGGAGGUGGUGCCCCGGGUAGAGAAGGGGUACAAGAUGGACGCCCCGGACGGCUGCCCGCCCGUGGUGUACGACCUGAUGAAGCAGUGCUGGACCCUGGACUCAGUGGUGCGGCCCUCCUUCCGCAUGCUGAGGGAGAAGCUGCAGCAUAUCAGAGCCAAGGAGCUCUACCUGUGAAGAGGAGGCGUGGGGGGGGAGGGAGUGGGGGGGGGGACGCAGCCAAGCGCAGCUGUUAAGUGGGGGGAGGAGGAAGAAGAGGAGGAGAAAAGGGACCACAGCAUCUUCCUCCUGCCUGCCCAGCCUGUUGACCUGUGGGACUGCCAUACUGUACCCCCCCUUCCCCGACCUCAGACGUCCACCGGCCUCUACCUCCAUACAAGGACUGUUUUCCUGUUUGUGUCGUAGAGCUUUUGCCAGACAGUUUCCUCUUCUCCCGAUGGGCCACUGCUCCUCCCUCCUUCUGUACCUGACUCUGCUCGCUCACUCUCCCUCUCUCUCGCUCUCUCUCUCUCUCUCUCUCUCUCUCUCUGGCUCUCCUCUCAUGGACCAGGUUUCUCUUCUUUCUCCUCCUCCUCUCCUGAACACGGCAUUAACUGGAGGGGAGGCUGGCCUUUUCCUCCACGUUUGUCAGGUGCUCUUUCUUUCUCCCCCUCACGACUCCUUCAUUCCUGGUUCUCUGUAUCACCACGUGGCUCUGCAUGCCUUUCAGCCCAGCUCUCUGUCAUUCCAUCCUUCCUUUGACCCCCCCCUCCCCUCGACGUGGUGUCAGGUGUGGGGCCUUCGCUCUGUGCCAAAGUGCCUCCAGUCCACAGAGCUCCAGACUUCCCUCCAGCACUUCUUUCAAUUGGACUGUUAUGGUUUUGGGUUUUUUUAAUUACUUUUUUUAAGAGAUCUUUUUUUAUUGCUUUCUUUUUUUCAGGGAGGUUAUCAAACCAUUUGUAGUGCUGUCUCCCCCACUCCACCGUGUCUCCAUCAGACUGCAAUGAUCUUCAUUUUUUGGUCCAAAAAAGAACGAGCGUGAACGGGAAGAAGAAAGAGGAGAUGGGGGCCAGUAUCAAGUUUGCCCUCCAACCGAGACGGCCCAGAGGAGCGUUGUGGGGGGGCAGGACAAUAACAGGAGGAGAAGGGGGAGAGGCAGUUCUCCAACAUGGUCUAGUCAUCAUAUGUGGGCUUGUUUUUAUAUCAAAAUAUAUUUAAAGGAUUAAAAAAAAAAAAAAAAAGGAACAAGGAAAAAGACUGAAUGGGGCAGAGAGUUAAAACAUCGGUGGAGGACUUUCAGCAGCCAGGAGUCUCUUGGCGUUGGCAACGUUCCGUGCCUGAACGCUGGGGUCAGGGUGGUGCAUGCUGUGUGAGAGGCCUUGGGUUCAACUGUCAGUGCUUUCAAUGUUAAUUGUUUUAUUAUGCUAUCAUGAUAAUGAAUAAAUCAUUCCAUCUGAA